GUGUCGGGCUGCCUGUACACGUGAACAUAUUCCACUCACUAGACGUGCUGGCACAAGCCAACUGUGCUGCUCAACUCUUUCAUGGAUACUCUAUACAACUAAUGGAUUAUACCGGCUCAUUCAGUUUACCUGCUAGAGUUUGUUUUUUCUACUGAAAUCACCACCAAACCAUCAGCAGUGGUCAUCUGUCAUCAGCUUCAUUUAGAGAGAUGGCUGCACGUCCAAAGUCAGCCGUUUCUGCUGACACUGAUGUCAACCUUGACUUUCUCACUAAAGAGGAAAAAGAAGCUCUUCUCUCCAAGAAAAUGGAUAUGAUACGCCAAAGGAAUAAAGCCAUAACAGAGAGACAUAAGCUUAUUGAGGCAGAUAGAAGAAAAGCUGAGGAGUCUGGCCAAGCUGUUAAACCUGCAGUAGACAGUCAGAGCCUGCCAGCUGAAGGGGCCUUAAAACCUCGUGCACGUGGCAGAGGACAGGUCAAUUCUAAAGAUUCCUACAGACCUGGUAGAGAGAGGCCAAAGUCUUCAGGGGACUUUCGUGAUUCAAGUAGCUAUGAACCCAUAGUUGACACGUCAGAUCUAGCUAACUAUAAACAUGAUCACAAGGGAAGAGGGAGGGGAAACCGCUCAGAGCUUGAUGGGACAUCUGGCACACCCAAAAACAAACGUAAACCUGCUGCAAAAGAAGAGGAGAGGAUUGAGCACAAGUUUGAAUAUGAACCCAUCAUAGAUAUUAAAGAUCUGGAUCAGAGAUUUUCUCAAGUCUGGGAUGCUCAAUCUGAUGGGCAGGGCAAAGUUUACAAAGGCCGACUGAAGGAUGACCAAGGUCCACCUCCAGAUCCAUCCUUCAAUCCUUUAGCUGACCGCAGGCGCAGUGAGAAGAAGGAGGAAGGGACUGAUCACCGCAGGCAUCCAAGGAACUAUGGGGGAGGUGCAGAUCUGACCAGAGUUAAACAGACAAUGAAAAAUCUGAGAGAAAAGGAGAAAGAAAGGCCAACUGUAAACAAACCACUAGAAAUAAUCAUGACAGGGAAAGAAAGAAGAAACCAUGAAGAAUGGAAGGCAGAGAGGGAACGGUAUGACCAGGAGAGAAUCCAGCGCCAGAUGAACUCUGUUGGCAGCUGGAAGAGAGCAUGGGAUGCUGAAAAAGUUAAUCCAGAAUCAGAUGAGAUGUCCCCAUACAGCUCUAGACUUGAACCAGGCAAACGUCCAGCUGGUCGAAUUGGUAGUGGCCGCUUUGACAGGGGAGAGAGAGAUGAGCGUCCUAGAAGUGCUGUCAUUGGGAAAGGUGGUCUUCAAGUCACAGAAAACAGUGGUACACCAGCGCGGCUGGAGCAGCCCCCCACUUCACCUCAACAUCACCCUGUCACACCAGCCUCACCCCAGCAUCACCCAGCUGGUGUGGACAGCAAGCCACAGCGGGGUAGAGGUCGAGGGAGGGGGAGGGGGCGUGGAGAAAAGUCCCCUCGGCCCAGAACCUGGUCAGGUGGAGAUGAUCGUUUUGUUGAGUGCCAGAAGGAAGUGUUGCUGGUCAAGUUUGACAACACAGCAGGAGACAACAGCGUGGAAGUAGAGUACGACGACCCCACUCAACCGCUCAGUACACCAGGCAAGGGGCCCACUGGCCGCACACCCAACCAAGCACCUAAACAACAGCGCAGACAUCCACCCAAAAGAAAAUCUCCCCAGAAAGAAAAAAGUGCCUCCAAUCAUGAGCUGACUGGCCCAGCAGCUGAUCUGCCAGUGGAGCCGUGCAGCACGGAGAGUCGUGUCAGGACAUCCUCCCACUCACACAGCUAUGGAGACAGUGAAGAGUGGGAGGACUGCACGGAGUCCUCAGGUGCCUUGGAGGAGGAGACAGACACUGCAGGACAGGACUUGCAUCUGGAAUGUAGGUUAAACCCAGAGGCCCCAGAAUUUCUGCCCACUUCCCCUGAUUUCCUCAAGACCCCACCAGGUCAUGUGAAAGUAUUAAACUGGGCCAGUGAUGGGAGCCCAACCUCUCCCCUCUCUCAAGGAUCCUCUCCACAUCUUGCACACAAUCUCUCACCUAAGCUCUCUGCUCACUCCCCUCCUUCAGCUGCUUCACUGGUCAAACCAUCAAAGGAGACAGAAGAUACAGUGCCUGUUGCAGAUGAACCGGUCAAACCAUCAAAGGAGACAGAAGAUACAGUGCCUGUUGCAGAUGCACUGGUCAAACCAUCAAAGGAGACAGAAGAUACAGUGCCUGUUGCAGAUGAACCGUUUAUCCCAGCUGAGAAUGAACACAUGAGCCCAGAAGAAGAAGAAGAUAAUUUUCAUGAUACUGUGGAAUCUCAAAAGUCUUCCCUUCUGCCUGUGGAUGAGUCACAGCAGUUCACUAACAACCUACAGAGUCAGUCAGAAAAAGAUGCACAGCUGCAAGAGUCAGAGAAAAAGCUGCAGGAGUCAGAGAAACAUGCACAGCUGCAGGAGCCAGAGAAAGAUGCACGGCAGCAGGAGUCAGAGAAAGAUACACAGCAGCAGGAGUCAGAGAAAAAGCUGCAGGAGUCAGAAAAAGAUACACAGCUGCAGGAGUCAGUAAAAGAUACACAGCUGCAGGAGUCAGAGAAAGAUGCACAGCUGCAGGAGUCAGAGAAAGAUACACAGCUGCAGGAGUCAGAGAAAGAUGCACAGCUGCAGGAGUCAGAGAAAGAUGCACAGCUGCAGGAGUCAGAAAAAGAUGCACAGCUGCAGGAGUCAGAGAAAGAUACACAGCUGCAGGAGCAAGUGGCUGAAGAUGUCCCUUGUAUGACUGAGAGAUGUGAAGCUAAUGUUUUAGGAGAUGCCCCACUAUGUACCCAGUCAUCUAUGACUGAGAGAUGUGAAGCUAAUGUUUUAGGAGAUGCCCCACUAUGUACCCAGUCAUCUAUGACUGAGAGAUGUGAAGCUAAUGUUUUAGGAGAUGCCCCACUAUGUACCCAGUCAUCUAUGACUGAGAGAUGUGAAGCUAAUGUUUUAGGAGAUGCCCCACUGUGUACCCAGUCUUCUAUGACUGAGAGAUGUGAAGCUAAUGUUUUAGGAGAUGCCCCACUAUGUACCCAGUCUUCUAUCACCAAAGAUCCCACUGCUGAAAUGAUAUCAUCAGGUUCCUGAGAUCACUCCAGAUCACAAAGAGGAAUUUUUAACAUUUUUUCGAAAUAGAAAAAAAAAAAAUUGUUUUAUCUGAAAUUGUGUGCAGGUAUGUCAAAUUGAAUAAAAAAUAUUUGGAGAAAAAAGUGGUAUAAAAGUUGCUUGACUUAAAUUGUUUGAAGAAAAAAGUGGUUUAAAAGCUGCUUGACUUAAAUUUUGGAGAAAAAAGUGGUAUAAAAGUUGCUUGACUUCAAUUGUUUGGAGAAAGUGCUACGAAUAUUUUUUGACUCUGUAUAUAUACUUAUUUUAGCCAUGUGCAAUAUUUACUGUAACACCAACAUAAUUAUUAUUCAUGCUAAUUAUUUUAAAUAAAUCAAUAAAGUGA